CUCAACAUUCGUUUGUUUUUAGUUGGAAUUCUUUGAAAUGUCUGAAAGAUCCCUUUUUACAUGGGUCCAUGCCACUGGCGUCCUAACGGCAGACAGUGUGGUUGGGAACUACCAACCCGAGGCUCUGCGACCCGUUCUGUUCGUAUUUUACACCUUGGAAACGGUCUUCAACAUGUUCUGCAUGGGCUACCACAUCUCGGGCUUCAUGACCAUCGCACUGGACCCGUACACCUGGGACGUGCGGGCGUUCCACUACUUCUACCUCGUGACCUUCUACGUGUUCAUGGUGCUGACCCUCUUCCAGAGCGUCAACAUCUGCACGGGUCACACGCCAACCGUUUGCAUGGAGAUCUGGAAGGCCUCGUCGGCGGCCUUUGUCUUCACCCUGAUAUCCUUGACCUCGAUGUGGGAUGCGGAGCGGCAGUUCCACAUGUUCAUCACCCAGAAGGAUCCCCAUAUUCACCAUAAAGAUGACUAUGCCGAUCUGGCGGAGGACCCGCCGGUGCACCCGGUCUUCCACUUCCUCCGCGGCCAGUCCAUCUCCUCGCUGGCCUGCGGGAUGCUCUACCUGCUCCAUGCCACCAUCAUGAUCGACGUCAAGCUGACCACCGACCUGAACAGGGGUAAGGUGAAGGGCGACUACAUGCCCAUCCCACUCUUCGUCCUGGGACGGGUCGUCCACGCCAGGCUGAACACCUACCAAUGGUUUCGGGACUUUUGCGAGAACGAAACCAUAUUCCUAUAGGUGGAACUUUGGAAACCAUUCCCUAAGGAACCAAACAAAUGGCUUACCAAAUUCUAGUAUCAGAUUUUUCAGACCCAUGAGUUGCGUUCCAAAUUUUGUACGUAUUUUUACACAGUCUUAAUAAUGUAAAUAUGUAUCGGUUACGUACUUAUA